UGAAUGACAUUGAACAGGGGACGAGGUAUUAUUGAAGAGAAAAUAUUGAAGUCAAGAUAAGAACUAUUAUUUUCCCUUUGUAAAUAGCAGGAGGAUCAUCGUGACUGCCCUUUCUUUCCGAUAAAGGGAACGACAAACAGAUUGGAUUAUUGUUCGUGAUAAGCUCAUUGUAUAAAAGAGGCAGCUCAGGUCUAGUCAGCAACAGUAACAAGAUGGCAAAGCUACUUCUUGGAACAGCGGUGGUCUUACUGGCCUGCCUGCAACUGGGCUCUGCCUACAGGCUGGUGUGUUACUUCACCAACUGGGCGCAGUACAGACCAGGAGAGGGUAAAUACAUGGUCCAGAGCGUGGACCCUUGCCUCUGCACGCACAUUAUCUACGCCUUCGCUGGAAUGAAGAGCAAUCAGAUCGCCACCUACGAAUGGAACGACCCAAAACUCUACCAGGAGGUCAACAGCCUGAAGAACAAGAAUUCAAACCUCAAGACUCUGCUGUCUGUUGGAGGCUGGAACUUUGGCACCCAGAAAUUCACCGCGAUGGUCGCCUCAUCAGGAACUCGGCAAAUCUUCAUCAAGUCAGUCAUCGCCUUCCUGAGAGGAUACGGCUUUGACGGUCUGGACAUCGACUGGGAAUAUCCUGGAUCUCGAGGAAGUCCUCCCGUUGACAAGCAUCUCUACACUAUCCUGGCUCAGGAGCUGAUGGCUGCCUUCGAGGCCGAAGGGAAAAGCACAGGAAAGCCACGACUGCUGCUCUCGGCUUCCGUUGCUGGUGGGAAGAACAACAUCGAUACUGGCUACGAGGUUCCUCAGCUCAGCAAAGUAAUUGACUUCUUCAACGUGAUGACCUACGAUUUCUAUGGUCCCUGGAGCCACGUUACUGGAGAGAACAGCCCCCUCUAUCCCCUGCCUAAUAACCAGGAUUCCACCAACCUCUACUUCAAUGUGGAAUACGCCAUGAACUACUGGAAGGGCAAGGGGGCUCCAUUGGAGAAGUUGAAUGUGGGCUUCCCCACCUACGGACACACAUUCAGACUGACCUCGUCCAGCACGGCCGUGGGUGCCCCAGCAGGAGGCGCUGGUCCAGCCGGCAAAUACACCCGCACAGCCGGCUUCCUGGCCUACUAUGAGAUCUGCGGGUUCCUGAACGGUGCCACCAGCGAAUGGAACGCCCCACAAGACACCCCGUACGCCUUCAAGAAUGGAAUAUGGGUCGGCUAUGACAACGUCAAGAGCUUCGGAGUCAAGGUUGAGUGGCUGAAGAAGAACAACUUUGGAGGAGCUAUGGUCUGGGAUCUGGCUCUGGAUGACUUCUCUGGUGCCUUCUGUCACCAGGGACCCUACCCCCUCAUCAACAGUCUGCACUCUGGCCUUGGCAUCUCUGGAGCUUGCGUCCCAUCCAAGACCACAUUGAAGCCGGCGGUCCCACCUACUGAUGCUCCUAGUGGUGGUGGAGGCGGUGGCAGCAGCGGUGGUGGAGGCAGUGGCUUCUGUAAGGGCAAAGCGAACGGUACCUUCUCCGAUCCCAAGGACAAGAACAAGUUCUACCAGUGCGCCAAUGGUCGGACCUACCUGAAGAGCUGUGCCACUGGAUUAGUCUUCGAUUCAUCCUGUAAAUGUUGCAACUGGCCUUAAUGGCAGAAGAUUGCGCUGGACAAACAACUGGGAACUUCCACCACCGAUCGAUUGUCCAUCACAAAGAUAAUUGUUGCUGUUAAAACAAUAAAAUAAAGUCAUAAUUUCAAUCA